AUAUAUGUAAAGGGCUGACGAGAGUAAAAAGUAUCUUCAGUUGUUUCCAAGUUCUAUCCUGAAACUCAUCUCAACUUUUCUCUUGAAACCCACAACAAACCCAACUCAAUUCAAAAUGAUCAAGUCCGUUAUCCUUCUCGUCCUCUCUUUGAUCACUCUUACCUUAGCCUUCCCAUACCCAUACCCAUACCCAAGAGGUAGCUAUGGUUCAGGAUUCGGAGCUGGUUCCGGCGGUGGAUUCGGUGGUCCAGGUUUCGGAGCUGGAUACGGUUCAGGUUUUGGUGCUGGACAAGGUUAUGGACCAAAUGGAGCCGGCUAUGGAAGUGGUUUCGGUGCUGGAUCAGGCUAUGGUGCACCAGGCUACGGAGGUGGAUCUGGUUUCGGUGCUGGAUCUGGUGCUGGUUACGGCCGAUAAAUACUUAUGAUUUAGACCGUCAGAUUACGAUGAUUCUCAGUUACUCGUCUCUCUUUUCCUUCCUCAAACCAUUCCGCCAUAAAUUUCUGAUCUUCUGAAAUUUUCUAAAGAAUCAAAUGGACAAAUAAAUCAUUAAUUUAUUUACAAAACAAUAUAA